AUGCAGAGCAGGUCGCCACGCGCUACGAUCGCCACCGGCAGCCUUACCCAGGAAGCUGGACAGGUGAGAAAGAUGCAGGGGACAUGCGUGACUCCUUCCAUCUUUCGCAGUCGUGAUUUUGGGACUUGGCGAUGUCCCGUGGACGCCGCCAUCUGUCACAGUAACACAUCUCACAGUUGUUUGUGGCGGUUGUUGGCGAAGCGGACCUCUUGUGUUGGCCGAUUCCCUCUACGACAGAAGCCACUGGUCGAAGCAACUCGGUGCCUUCGCAGUCUUGGUCGUGCCUACGGAAAGCUGCCUCAAAAUGGACCAAGUGUCACAUCAUGUGUCAAGAUGCAGAGCAGGUCGCCACGCGCUACGAUCGCCACCGGCAGCCUUACCCAGGAAGCUGGACAGGUGAGAAAGAUGCCGGGGACAUGCGUGACUCCUUCCGUCUUUCGCAGUCGUGAUUUUGGGACUUGGCGAUGUCCCGUGGCCGCCAUCUGUCACAGUAACACAUUUCACAGUUGUUUGUGGCGGUUGUUGGGGAACUGGACUGCUUGUGUGGACCGUCUUUCACACCGGCGACUUCAGCUACUUGUCGAAUCUACUCGUGUUCGGGACAGAAAGCCGCCUCAAGAUGAACCAAGUGUCACAUCAUGUGUCAAGAUGCAGAGCAGGUCGCCACGCGCUACGAUCGCCACCGGCAGCCUUACCCAGGAAGCUGGACAAGUGAGAAAGAUACCGGGGACAUGCGUGACUCCUUCCAUCUUUCGCAGUCGUGAUAUUGGGACAUGGCCAUGUUCCGUGGACGCCGCCAUCUGUAUGGCCCAGAGCGGCGCCUUGAUCUUGCAUCGCGAGGCGGUGCUGGCACGCCCAAGGCCAUUGGUUGAGAAACGUAUGGAUGGUAGCGGUUGUGAGCAGCUCGCUCAAACAUCACUGCAGCACCGGAGGCAAGGCCCAUCGGUGGACAGCAGCACGUGGUUUCCCCUCCAAACUCGAAUGCGAUCACAGACCAUGAAUGAUGGACCGGCAGUCGUGCGGAAAGGAUCACUUUCGCCAUUGCAGUCCUCAGUCAGGCCUGGGAAUUAUGUCUGUUUUCUUGGCGGGGCCCUGUCUCUCACCAUGCGCAAGACCAUGAAUUGGCCGCGGUUGGAACGGCUUUUCUCGCAAAGCAUCGCGUGGCAGCUCCAGACAAUGGACCAUCUGUGGGCUGGCAGCAUCUCUCGGCCAGGUCCGGUGCACCUUUACGUGUUGAGCCGGCUGUUGGGAAAGGUCUCCCCAACUCGAGUGAUUCUCAGCGGCAUGUCCUUGGGUAAUGUGGCCGCAACGGCGUGUGUUCAGGUCACAGAGCUGGCAAUCCGUCAUUCUAUCCGUGCGUUGGUGCUGUGGGACCACAUCAUCCUGCCAGGUUUCUCUUUGAAGCCUGUGAGAUUGGUCAACUCUUCCGCCGGGACGACAGCAGUAGGUACGCCCGUCUCUCCGGAGUUCUCUGCACCACCAUGCAGGCUGCAAGCACCAAGUUUUCUGGUUCGGUGUUCCUUCUACGAGCGCGAAACCGUCGAUGCCGUCAAUGACUAUGUGUACGCGAUACAGUCCUUUGGAGCUGUGACGUUUGAAGGUCUACGACAAGCAUGCUUGCAAGACACUAGCCACUCAAGCACCUACCGCGAUGACUUGUGGGACAUCACUCGCGUGCUGAACUUCGCGGCCGGGUGA